UGAAACUGUCAGGUUGCUGCUAAGGAGCCCCCUGUACUGGCUGUGGUUUUAGCAGUGACGCGGCGAGGAGACGCGGACGGAGAAGUCUGGGUUCGUUGAGAGCCGCGACGUAUUUGUGCAGAAUGUCAUCAGAUGAGGAGAAAUGCUCACUUCCAGUUAUGCAGAAUGGCUCCAACAGAGGCAGCUCAGUCUCUUCAGAACUUCAGGAAGAGUAUGAAGAACUGCUUCGUUAUGCUAUAGUGGCUCCAAAUAUUGAAUCAGGUGCUCCACAGCCAUCUCAUUCUAAGGGAGAAGUGGUAACAGAAGUUAGAUUUCCUACUAUAAUUGAUGAUAUUCUUCAUAAUCAAGUGGGAAAUAACCCUGUAGAGAGAGAAACAAGGAUGGAAGUUGGAAAAGGAUGUGAUGUAAAUAUUAUAAGUCAUUCAAAGACAGAAGGGUUGUCACCAGUGUCAUCACCAAGGAAGCCUUCAUACCCCGUCAUGGAUUUUUUCAGUUCGAAUAUUUUAGGUGACUCUUCCUCAGCAGGGUCUAAUUCCAGUCAUGCAGGUGUUCAUGAAAUAGUUGUGGGUGAUUUUCUCGUUUCUGAUGAAAACCUUCAGAAGGUGGAAAAUGUACUGGAUGUUUGGAGUUCAGGCCUUAAGACAAACGUCAUAUCUGAACUAACUAAGUGGAGACUAAAUUUUAUUGACUGGCAUCGUAUGGAAAUGAAAAAAGAGAAAGAAAAACAUGCAGCACAUUUAAAACAACUGUGCAACCAGAUCAACAGCUUGAAGGAGCUGCAAAAAGCCUAUGAAAUCUCUAUUGGGAGAAAAGAUGAGGUGAUUUCCAGCUUGACUCAUGCCAUAGGCAAGCAAAAGGAAAGGAUAGAGUUGAUGAGAACAUUCUUCCACUGGCGAAUUGGCCAUGUCAAAUCCAGACAGGAUGUUUAUGAAGGCCAACUAGCUGACCAGCACUUCCAGAGAACUUUGCUGAAGAAGGUCUGGAAAGCCUGGCGUUCCACGGUGCAGAAGAAGUGGAAAGAUGUGGUGGAGCGAGCUUGUCAAGCAAGAGCUGAAGAAGUUUGUGUCCAGAUUUCCAAUGAUUAUGAAGCCAAAGUUGCUAUGUUAUCUGGGGCUUUGGAAAAUGCAAAAACUGAAAUCCAAAGAAUGCAGCAAGAGAAAGAGCACUUUGAAGAUUCCAUGAAGAAAGCUUUCAUGCGGGGAGUCUGUGCAUUAAAUCUUGAAGCCAUGACAAUAUUUCAAAACAGAAAUGACACAGACUUCACAAAUAAUAAAAAGGAAGAGUAUGGUCCUGGUGUCCAAGGAAAAGAACAUCCUGUUCAUUUGGAUCCUUCGGCCCCUUCGGUGCUCUCAGCAGGGGCGGCAGCACCGGGCCCAUCAGCCGCAGCCCUGGCAGCGACCAGCACCGCUGCCUUUCCCUCCGCCGCCUCCGUCACCUCCGCCGGGGCUGCUUCUGCUUCCUCCGCUCACCUUCCUGUUUCUGCUCCUCUGGGCGCCGCACCUACAGCUCCUGCUGCACCGGAAGAAAUGUACAUACCCAGAGUUGUGACAUCCGCACAGCAGAAAGCGGGAAGAACAAUCACAGCCCGCAUCACAGGGAGAUGUGAUUUUGCUUCAAAAAACAGAAUUAGCAGCAGUUUAGCUAUAAUGGGAGUUUCUCCUCCCAUGAGCUCAGUUGUUGUGGAAAAACAUCAUCCAGUCACAGUGCAAACUAUUCCUCAAGCUGCUGCAGCAAAAUAUCCCCGGACUAUUCAUCCUGAGAGUGCUACCUCGGCUUCCAGAUCUCUCGGGACCAGAUCAACUCACACUCAGUCACUUGCCAGCGUUCAUUCCAUCAAAGUGGUUGACUAAAAUGAAUAUGUGCAUAUUAAGAUCUUUUAAGUCCUCUGGUUUUACCAAGGAUUAGAAGUCUGUAGUUUCACAUUUUUCCAUAUUUUUAGAACAUUGUGGAUACAUCAUGUUCAUCUUUUCAAAAUCACAAAAGACUUU